GGGAGCGUUUCCCUCCUUCACACCGUCACACUGUUCCGUUCCUCCCGCCGGACCGGAGCCUCGUCGGCACCGGAGGACAGGUUCUUAUCCCGGCUCUUUGUGGGGUUUUCCCGCGGCUCUGACGCGCCCUCGGCGGUCACUCGGAUUUACAUCUCCCGGCUGUGGAUCAUGGAUGUACCGCUGCUGCUGCGCGUCUUUUUGGCGGUGAGCGCCGCGUCCGCCGCCUCUCACUAUACCUGUAACGGCCCGUUAGCGUCCACAUUACCGCAGUCGUCCUUCCAGAGCUCGUCACAGUCGUCCGCCAGUUAUGCCGCUCACAACGCCAAGGUCAAUAGGCGAGACGAGUCCGGCGGCUGGUCUCCCAUGGUAACGGACAGGGAGCCCUGGCUGCAGGUGGACCUGCGGGACCGUGUGGAGGUGACGGCGGUGGCCACACAGGGACGCCACCACAGCUCGGACUGGGUCAGCAGGUAUAUGCUGCUGUACAGCGACACGGGCCAGGCCUGGAAACAGUACCGGCAGGACGACGGCCUCGGGAGGUUUGUGGGGAACGUGGACUCAGAGGCCCUGGUCCAGAACCGGCUAACCCACUCGGUGAGGACUCGCUUCCUGAGGUUCGUCCCAUUGGACUGGAACCCCAGCGGAUGGAUCGGACUCAGGGUGGAGGUCUAUGGAUGCUCCUACAAGUCAGACGUGGCGGACUUUGACGGCAGAAGUGCUCUGUUGUACCGGUUCAACCAGAAGUCCAUGUCGACGGUGAAGGACGUGAUCUCUCUGAGGUUUAAGAGUCGACAGGCGGAGGGAGUUUUACUGCACGGAGAAGGUCAGCGAGGAGACUACAUCACCCUGGAACUGCACCGAGGAAAACUGGCCCUGUACCUGAACCUGGACGACACCAGGCUGCGGUUCAGUAGCGGUUGGGUGGCGGUCACCGUGGGCAGCCUCCUGGACGACCAGCACUGGCACUCGGUGGUCAUCGAACGCUUCAACAAACAGGUCAACCUGACGGUGGAUGCCCACAGCCAGCACUUCACCACCAAGGGGGAGGGCGACUCGCUGGAGGUCGACUACGAGCUAAGUUUUGGAGGAAUCCCACUGCCUGGAAAACCUGGAACAUUCCUCAGGAAGAACUUCCAUGGCUGCAUCGAGAACCUGUACUACAACGGAAUCAACAUCAUCGACCUGGCGAAGAGACGUAAACCUCAGAUCUACAGCGUGGGUAACGUGACCUUCUCGUGUUCGCGGCCUCAGCUUGCCGCCUGCACCUUCCUGAGCUCUGGCAGCAGCUUCCUGUCACUGCCGGCCGCCGCCCCCUCCUCCAUCAUGGGUGGGUUCUCAGUCAGGUUCCAAUUCAGGACGUGGAACCCCGACGGCCUCCUGCUCUCCGCCCGGCUGAGUCCAGAACCCCAGAGACUGGAUCUGCAGAUCAGCAACAGCCGACUGCUGCUCAACCUCCACGGGUUGGCCCAGCAGAGGGCGGAGGCCUGGGCAGGUCACCGGGUCAAUGACGGACUGUGGCACUCUGUGAGCGUGGACACCAGGAGUCUGCAGAUCAGUCUGACCCUGGACAACGAACCUGCCGCCACCGUCGACCAAUGGGAGCAGCUCCAGCCCAGAGGGAACUUCUACUUCGGAGGUUGCCCCCCCAAUGGCUGCCGUAACCCCACCCAGUCCUUCCAGGGCUGCAUGCGUCUCAUCUCCAUCAAUGGCCAGCCAAUCAGCCUGGGUCAUGUCCAGCAGGGGCUGCUGGGAAACUACAACGAGCUGCAGUUUGACACCUGCAGCAUAAGAGACAGGUGUUUACCGAACCUGUGUGAACAUGGAGGUCGAUGUCGUCAGUCCUGGAGCUCGUUUUCCUGCGACUGUUCAGGAACCGGAUACUCUGGAGCUACAUGCCACAACUCCAUCUACGAGUCGUCGUGCGAGGCCUACAAGCUGAUUGGCAGCUCGUCAGGUUUCUACUCCAUUGAUCCAGAUGGUAGCGGCCCCCUGGGGCCCACACAGGUCUACUGCAACAUGACAGAGGAGCGGGUUUGGACCGUUGUGACCCAUAACAGCACCGACCCAGUCCGAGUCCAGGGCUCGUCUCUGCAGAAACCCCACAUCAUGAAUUUCAACUACAGCGCGUCAGCUGAGCAGCUCCGGGCCAUCGUCACUGGGUCAGAACAGUGUCAACAGGAAGUGGUCUACACCUGCAGGAAGUCCCGCCUCUUCAACACCAAAGAUGGCCGGCCCCUGUCAUGGUGGUUGGACCAGGGGGGAGAGAGGCGGAGCUACUGGGGUGGGUUCCUGCCCGGUGUCCAGCAGUGUUCCUGUAGUCUGGAGGAAAACUGCGUUGACAUGAACUACUUCUGCAACUGCGACGCCGACAGAGACGCGUGGGCCAAUGACAGCGGCGUCCUGUCCUACAAAGACCACCUCCCCCUCAGCCGCAUCGUGGUCGGAGACACCAACAGGUCUGGAUCUGAGGCCGUGUACCGUGUCGGCCCACUGCGUUGUUAUGGAGACAAGUCGGUGUGGAACGCAGCGUCCUUCUACCAGGAGGCGUCCUACCUCCAUUUCCCCACUCUCCAGGCGGAGCUGGGCGUCGACAUCUCCUUUUACUUCAAGACCAGCGCCGCAUCGGGGGUUUUCCUGGAGAAUCUGGGUCCGACCCACUUCAUCCGAGUAGAGCUGAGCUCUCCCUCUGUGGUCACCUUCUCCUUCGACGUGGGUGACGGUCCGGCCAUUCUCGCUGUUAAGUCCCACCUCCCCCUGAACGACCGCCAGUGGCACCACGUCCGGGCCGAGCGGAACGUGAAGGAGGCGCUGCUACAGGUGGACCAGCUGCCCGUGCGCUUCCUGGAGGCGGAGCCUGAUGGACACCUGCGCCUGCGCCUCAACAGCCAGCUGUUCGUAGGGGGGACAGCGUCACGGCAGAGGGGUUUUCUGGGAUGCAUCCGAACCCUAACAGUCAAUGGCAUGACCUUUGACCUGGAGGAGAGGGCCAAGAUGGCACCGGGCGUCAGCUCCGGUUGCCCCGGUUACUGUAGCGGCUCCAGUAGUUUGUGUCACAACCGAGGACGAUGCAUUGAGAAGAGCAGUGGGUACGCCUGCGACUGUUCGCAGUCAGCAUACGGAGGUCCAAACUGUAAAGAAGAGGUGUCGGUGUCCUUCGACAGGGAGUCCUCGGUCACCUUCACCUUCCAGGAGCCCUUCUCAGUGAUGCAGAACCGGAGCUCUCAGGCCUCCAGCGUCUCCAGAGAGAGCAGCAGCCGGGCCAGAGAGGACGUGGCCUUCAGCUUCGUCACCUCCAGCAGCCCGGCCAUGCUGCUGAGCGUCAGCACCUUCAGCCGCCAGCACAUCGCUGUCAUCCUGGCCAAAAAUGGUAGUCUUCAGAUCUGGUACCAGCUCCAGACCGAUAGGAGUCCAGACGUGUUCAGCCCAGUGGUCGGCAGCUUCUCCGACGGACGCCUCCACCGGGUCCGAUUGCACCGCGAGGGACGAGACCUGUACGUCCAGAUCGACCAGGACGUCCACAGAAAGUACAGUCUGUCAUCGGAUGCAGAGCUGAUCCUAAUCAGAUCGCUGACAUUGGGCAAAGUCAUCAGGACCGAGGGCUUCCAGGACGAGGUGGUCCAGGCGAGUUCUAAGGGCUUCGUAGGCUGCCUGUCUUCGGUCCAGUUCAACCACGUGGCUCCUCUGAAGGCGGCGCUGCUCAACCGAGGAAGCUCAUUGGUCACCAUCCGAGGCCCCGUCGUCCAAUCAAACUGUGGUGCUUUGGCCGACUCUAUCACAUGGCACAACCUGCAAGAUCAGUCUGCGACGGCAAGUAAAGAUAAGGAGCAUCUGGGCGCCGACUCUCAGAGCGAUGUGGCUGUAAUCGCAGGGGUGGUGACGGCAGUGGUCUUCAUCAUGGUGUGCGUUGUCGCCGUGGUAACCCGCCUCCUAUAUCGACGGCGCAUCCAAAGAGGAGGUGGUGGUGGUGGUGGUGGUGGUGGUGGUGGCGGCGUGAAGGAAAAGGAACAUAGACAUAGUGUGGAGACAGAAUACAGGACAGAACUACAUCUACACAACUCAGUCAGAGACAAUGUCAAAGAGUACUACAUCUGAGUACACACUGUACUACAUCUGUGUGUACAGUGUACUACAUCUACACAACUCAGUCAGAGACAAUAUGAAGGAGUACUGCAUCUGAGUAUUCGCUCACUACAACUGAGUGUAUACUAUACUACAUCUGAGUACACAGUGUACUACAUCUGUGUGUACAGUGUACUGUAUCCGAGUACACAUUGUACGGCAUCUGAGUACACAUUGUACUGAAUCUGAGCACACACUGUACUACUUCCAAAUAUACAUUGGACUAUAUCUGAGUACACAAAGUACUGCAUCUGAGUACAUAGUGUACUGCAUCCAAGUACACUAUACUACAUCUGAGUACAUAGUGCACCACAUCAGAGUGUACACAUUGUACUAGAUCCAAGUACAUAUCAUACUCUGUGUGAAUACACACUGUACUACAUGUGAGUACACACUGUACUGCAGCCGAGUACACACUACGCUACAUCCAAGUACACACUGUGCUAUAUGUGAGUACACAAAAUAUUGACUGACUGUCAGUGUUGGGGUUGUUACUGUAUAAAAAUACUGUAAUACACAUUACUCAUGUUUUUAAAAGUAUUGUUUUUUUACUCCCUGAUUAGAGUACUUUAUUAAUCUACUCAGGUCAUUUUUUCUCAUGCAUACAAUGAUACUCGUCUGUUCAACCAGUGUUGUCACUACAUCACAUAUACGAUACCAACUAAACUACAAACAUAGUACACACAGUACACAGUACUAUGUGUGACUGCUGAGUGUAUUCAUGUCCAGUACUACACUGUCUGCAUGAAGAGUACUACACCUCAUGUCCUGCAUGAGACUGCAUUUACAGUACUAUGUCCUGAGUACUACUACUACUACACCAAAAUGAAGUUUAUUCAUUUCAACUGUUCUCAUGAUAGAACAUAAUGAACAAUAAAUAAAUAAAUAAAUAACCCUAGAACAGUGUUCACACCAACAAAAAAGAACAAAAUAUAUAAAUAUAUAAAUAUAAAGAACGUAAAUCACUGCAAAGAACUUUAAAUAAAACCCAGAAUGAACCUGUCAGACUAUUUCAGUUGAAGUUUGUGUAGUACUGUUCACAUUUAGAAACUAAUAAUAAUUAAAAGAUUAUCACAUAUUUUUUUAAUCUAUGGAAGCCUCCGCCCCCGCUUGCUCUGAUUGGUUGACGCCAUCCGAGGCCACCUAAUGGCCCCCAACGGUAUUACACAUCCUAUAGAGAAGAGGAGCUUCAGAAUUUUGUAGUUUUAUAGAAAAUGACAGAUUCUGAAAAAAAAACUAUAAUAAUCAUAGGUUCAGAUUAUGAUGUAAAUGUAUUUAAAAUGUUACAGAUGAACGACAUGAGGACGUUUCCUACUGAGAUAAUGUUGGACAUUUGUCUUUACAUGUUCAUCAAAUACACAUCUGACCUUCACUACAUCAGUAUCGAUAAAAUACUGUCGAUGGAAAAUAAUAAUAAUAAUAAUAAUAAUAACUGCACUCAUUAGUACUGAGGUGAUUACAGUAACGCAGUAACCCCAACACUGUACACAGUACUACACAGAUACACACAGUACUACACCUGACUACAUAAUACUACACCUGACUACAUAGUACUACACCUGACUACACAGUACUACACAGUACUACACCUGAUACAUAAUACUACACAGUGCUACACAGGAAAAACUACAAAACAACAAAGAAAACACUUCCCUCUGGUUUAAAACUCAACAACACUAAGAAAUACUACAUCUGUCUGUAAACUGCAGUACAUCUACUGCAGUGUACUGCAUCUGGACGUUACUGUACUGGACCGUCCACAGGAGGAGUACUGCGUCCGUCUACUUGAACGAGUACUACAUGUGGAUACAG